UAUAAAUACCUGAAAAUGGAUACUUUAUCACCGCAUAAAAACUCCAAGCAAAGCAGCUCCAGUAGCUCUGGCUGCUCUGCCUCCUCUUCAACCACGGAUAUAAAAAAUUCUUAUAAAUCCCAGCGUUUGGAUAACAAACCCGCUGGUAUGCGCUCUCGCUCCUUUUUGCAUUGCCUAAGCAAGCAUUUGGGCAGACAUUUCAUACAUCAUCAUCCUCAUCAUCAUACCGUGCAUCAGAAUGGUCAAACUAUUGUGUACAAUAGCCAGGAGGAGUUGAGAUCCUCUUCAACAGACUCAUUUUCCUUGAGCUAUGAACGCAACUCCCGUUUGGAUGGUAUGCAGCAGAAUAACUCCAAUGGCACUGGCACCUCCAGUUUCGAUAUCAGCAGUGAGGAGCGCACCUCAAGAGCUUCUUCGACCUCGGCCUGUUCACGUUUCUCACCCGAACAGGAAGACAUGGAAAAUGGCGGAAAUAAGAUUUAUAAUAACAAACAGCAUCACAUUUACAUCUCGACCACCAUCUACAGACCCAGCAGUUCGUUGGAUUGUCAUGAUGAUUUGGAAGAAGACUACAGUGAGUCGGAUAGCGGCAACUCCAGCAGUGAUGAAACUGAGGCCAACAAUUUACAGCAAAAUCAAGAGAAUAUUUACAAUCAAAAUGAUAAUAACAGCAAAUCGAAAUCAUCACCAGCCUCUGUUGAAAACACACCCUCUUCCACCUUGACCACUUCCGCAGCCAAAGGAUUACAUUUGAGUCGCAUUUCUAUUACCUCUUCAGUUCGCAGCAUUUUCCAGCAUAUCUCCUCGGUAUCGGCCAGUUCAACUCGUUCUUUAUCCUGUUCCAGCACGCCCCUGAAAAGAGUAUGGGAUUCUAAGUGCAAAAAAUCAAAUUCUUCACCAGCCAGCAGCUCUUCAGCCAGCAACAGUGGCAAAUCAAAUAAAUCUUCCACACGUUCUUCAGCCUCCAAUUCAUCUUCCUCCAAUUCAUCUUCCUCCAAGAAAACCGAAAAGAAGCAACAAAGCAUCUUAAGGCCUCCCGUUAACUAUGUCUACAUGAAGGGUAUGUCUGGUUUAUACUCUCGAGUGCCCAGAUAUUCGGUAUGCUGUCCCUAUGGCACCCAGCAAUGGGCUUAA